GUGGGAUUCGAUCCCGGGUCUCCAGGAUCGCGCCCUGGGCCAAAGGCAGGCGCCAAACCGCUGCGCCACCCAGGGAUCCCUAAAAGCCUGUUUUGACCAACUUUUGCCUGACCUCUCUAUUUCAUUUCAUUACCGAUUGGAUUAAACCUGACAGGAGCCCGACGCGGGACUUGAUCCCACGACCCUGAGAUCAUGACCUGAGCCGAAACCAAGAGUCGGACACUUCAUGGACUCAGCCCCGCCCCACCCCGGGCGCCCCAUCCUCUACUUUUUAAAUGGGACAAAGUCCUGUCGUCCAGCAUCCCCAAGAUGCCCCUGCCGGCAGCUGCAUCAUUGUGACUGGGACUUUGCCAGCUGCAUCAUCAAAGGGCCUGCUGAUGUCACCACCUCAGAGCAGGGGACAGUGUCCAGCCUGUGGCUUUACAGAGACCCAGAGACAGAAUGCUUGGGCAAUAACCCCCUUGUCUCUCACAGCGCUCCCAGCCAGGAGGAGAUGCAUUCCAAGAGAAAGAUGCUGUUACUGAUCUCAUGUGUUUUAUACUUCCUGUUCAUCAAGUAUCACUUCAGGGAUGAAGUAGAACUCCGGCUCUCAGACUGGUUCAAUCCGAGAAAACGCCCUGAUGUUGUAACGACCACGGACUGGCUCGCUCCAGUCAUAUGGGAAGGCACCUUUAAUAGACGGGUCCUGGAAGAGUACUACAGAGGACAGGACCUCACCAUAGGCCUGGCUGUCCUUGCUACUGGCAGGAUCGCAGACCAGUACUUAGAGCUGUUCAUACAGUCGGCCAAUAAGCACUUCAUGACCGGCUACAGAGUCAUCUUCUACAUCAUGGUGGAUGCCAUGUGUCGGCUGCCCAACCUGGAGCCGGGUCCUCUGCAGACAUUCCAGGUAUUCACCAUCAGAGAAGACAGCCGGGAGGAUUUUCACCUCAUGCACAUGAAGAACUUGGCUUCGCACAUCCUAGGGCACAUUCAGGACGAAGUCGACUUUCUUUUCAGCAUGACGGCCAACAGGGUCUUCCAGAACGAUUUUGGGGUGGAGACCCUGGGCACGUCUGUGGCUCAGCUCCAUGCCUGGUGGUACUUCAAAGACAUAAAGGACUUCCCUUAUGAGAGGAGGUUCAGAUCAGCGGCGUGCAUCCUAUUGGGAGAGGGGGACUUCUACUAUGAUGGCUCUGUCGUGGGUGGCACGCCUCUGGAGAUUUUAGACUUCAUCCAAGAAUACCUGGAAGGGAUGAUUCACGACAAGGAAAAUGGGCUGAACAGCACCUACGAAAGAUACCUGAACAAGUACUUUUUCACCCACAAGCCCACCAAGCUGCUGUCUCCAGAGUACAGCUGGGACACGGCGUUGCAGCUCCCGGCACAGAUUUGGUUGGUCAAGGCAGCGCAGUGCUCCCACAUGUGCCUGCACACGUAGCCAUGGGUUCUAGAGUACACAGGGCCCCCCCGAGUCUCUUGUGGGUUCAGAGGUGGAGUUGUGCAAGCCAUCCAUCCGCGGGACGUGUUUCUCCCUGCAGUUUUGAACUGUCCAGUUUGGUCUGAACAGGAUAAAGAACAAAAGCGAUUGUUUAAUGCUUGGUCACAGCGAUGUUGGGAUCUAUAUAUUGUAGAGCCGGGACAUCGGUUAGGAGGCAGGAAAUGAUUUUUUUUUUUAAUGGAGAAAGAUUGUAGUCCAGAAAAAAAUAUAUAUAUAUAAAUACAAAAAGGACAGAGGAUUAAAAUAAAGGGAAAACAAUAAAUGUUUAUCAGUUCAUUGGAGAAUACGUAAUAGGCACCAGACCUGAGGUGGGGAUUGCUUUGUUGAAUCCCCACAAAUAAUACCCUGCGAUGGACAUGGGUAACCUCCAGAGACAUGCCUUUCUUUUAUGGUUACAAACAGGGAUGCCCGGUUCAUUUUUUUUAAGCCAUAGCACGUUUUUUCGUUUUUCUCCAAAUGAAGGUAUGCACUGAGCUGUGUGGUCAAGGCACUCUGCUGGGCGCAGGGAGGGAUAGGAAGUAGUUAUUAAAAUCAAGAGUUUUGUCCCGAAGCAGCCCGUGGCACAGGGCAGUGCAGGAGACGGGCCACGGCAUUGCUUUUGCAAGUCCAGUGCUUGCCAGCAAGGGUGGGACAUGGGUGAGGUGGGUCAUGUGGGGUCAGGACGGGGAACCGCCCCCGUGGGAGGUGGCAGGUGUGGAGGAGAGCACGGCUCAGCGUCCCUGUGAGGGAUUUGUGGACAUGGGGUCUUCACAGAGACCAUUUAGGUAAAUGAGGUCACGAGGUGGGUCACAAGUUCCCCAGGGCAGACUGGUGACCUUAUACAACAGGAGCUCAGGGCGCGAGCGCGCACACACACACACACACACACACACUCACACACACACAUACACAGGGACGAGCUGACACCAGGAACACAGACCAUCCCUUCCCGGAAUGGGAGUUCGGGCUGAGCAGGGCAUCAUGAGGCUGUCCAGACAAAAGCCAGGUCACCCCAGAACUGCCCCCCCAGUUCCGCCCCUCUGAGCGAGAGCACGGGUCCCCAUACAGCAGGUGCCAACUGAGCUGCAAAAAAAAAAAAAAAAAAAAAAAUUGAAUCAUGCCAAC